CACUGCGCAGGCGCGGAGGGAGGCGGCGCCGGCCGAGGCGCGCGGGAGGCCCUUGGAAGAGGAUGAGCGCGGCGGGGCGCGGCGGGCGCCGCUGGGCACGAGUGUCCCGCUGCAUUUCCUUCAGCGCGAGCCACCGGCUGCACAGUAAAUCUCUGGGUGAUGAAGAGAACUUGAAACUGUUUGGGAAAUGCAACAAUCCAAAUGGCCAUGGGCACAAUUAUAAAGUUGUGGUGACAGUACAUGGAGAGAUUGAUCCUGUUACAGGAAUGAUUAUGAAUUUGACGGACCUCAAAAAAUAUAUGGAGGAGGCAGUUAUGAAGCCUCUUGAUCAUAAGAAUCUGGAUCUGGAUGUGCCUUACUUUGCAGAUGUUGUGAGCACAACUGAAAAUGUAGCUGUAUAUAUCUGGGAAAACCUCCAGAAAGUUCUUCCAAUGGGAGUUCUUUAUAAAGUAAAAGUGUAUGAAACUGACAAAAAUAUAGUAGUUUAUAAAGGAGAAUAGCUUUUAGGGAUUAACACUGUAGAAAGACUAAUUUCUUUCCAUAUUUGAAAAAGAUCUUUAUCCCGUUGGAAUAUUAAGCAGUUACCACGUGAUUGUUGCACCUCUACCCUGUGCUCUGGACUGCUUGGUUUAUUGAAAUCAUUGUAAGACCUGUUAAAUCUUACAAACGAAACUUGUAAUAUAUCCUGAAUAUCAUUUAGAGAGUCUCUUAUCUCUAGAUUAAAAGUCACUUCAUUUUUGUGAAA